ACUUUGCUUAACGCUUAAAAAUGCGGGCAGUAAACCGCAACCUGCAAAAUACUGCAUUAGUGGCAUUGCAUAAGUGCACUGCUGUAUUUAUUAUUAAGAGUUAGAUCCAUGAGAUUAAGUUUAUUAUUUAUUUAUAAAUUUUAAAAACCCCAGCCGAUGUAUCUACCUCUUCAUAAUGCGUCCGAUAGAAAGUAUUUUAUUAAGAUUCCAAUUACAAAGUUGGGAUUGUGCACAGUGUCUUUGCCUUUAUUUGCGUUUAUAGUUUGUGUCGUAUUCACUAUAAUCAAAGACUUCGAUAAAGCUAAUAAUACGCAUUGUAAAGUACCAAAUGUCUUCCCGUCAAUAUCAGCUUCAAUCGGAAAUUAUGAACCCCAAAGAACAAUAUGGAAAACUGCCAUAUACAUCCACGCACCGCUGAGGUUCUUCAUUAUUUAUUUACGUUGGGAAUAUUACCGAAGUAUUAUUAGUAAAUUUUGUAUUAUUGUGGUUAAAUUAUCAGUUGCUCUAAAUCUAAUAGAAAAUUUAUCAUUAUUAGGAUUAACAUAUUGGACUUCAUCACUUAAUUAUCCAUAUCACGAAGCCUGCUUUAAAACGUUUAUUGGAACAUCAAUAUUCUACAUGUUCUUCACUAGUAUGAUGUUGACUAAAUAUAGACGGCAUCCAGUAGUUUCUCCAUUGGAAACUUAUUCAGUAAAACUAAAAUGGAGAGCUUUCUUUACAAAUGUGGGUUCUUUUGCUUUUGCAGCUUAUUUUUUUCUAAGGCAUAAUCGACUUUGCGAACCAUAUGUAUAUUCGAUGUUUGCAUUCUCAGAGUACAUUGUGGUUGUCAGUAACAUAUUAUUUCAUAUGACAACAAUAUAUGACCUUAAAGUACAAUAUUUGUAUUUCACUAGAAAAGGUGUCACAAUAGAAUGACUCAGGAUUAUUAACAAUAUUUUUGUGGUACAAGAAGAAAUGAAGGGUUAUUAUAAUUCAAGAACAACUAAGUCAUUUAAUUUUUGAAAAUGGUUAGAAAUUGAGCCAAAGGGUUGUCACAAAAAUAUUGUAUGAGUAAUAAAAUUAUCAGAGAUGUACAGCCACUAACUUCAAGCCUAAUAGCACAAAUGUUAUUUUAUAAUAUACCUAAGAUUUACUAGUUGUCUCAUGAGCAAAAUAAAUUUUUAAUUGCAUGCAAUGUAAUAGUAGUACCUACUUAAAUAAAUAAUAGCUAUCUUACUAUAUGACUGAAUGUUAACAUGUUCUAUAGAAGACUUGACUUGUUGUAUUAAGUGUUAAUUAAAAUAAAUAUUUAAAAAAAUAUAUUUUAUUAGGAUAGCUAAUAGGACUGAUUGACAUUGUUGUGUUAUGUUGUUGUUGAAUAAAUAAGCAGCAAAAUAAUUACCUA